AUGGGGACAGUAGUAGAUCCAUAUCAGUCGGAGAUCGAGACGCACCGGGAUGUGUACGCGUCGCUCACGGGCACGGGCCGGCGGCUGCUGGGCUCGCUGUCCUCGCAGGAGGACGCCGUCAUGCUGCAGCGCCGCCUGGACGAGAUGAACCAGCGCUGGCACCACCUCAAGGCCAAGAGCAUGGCCAUCAGAAACCGGCUAGAAAGCAACGCUGAGCACUGGUCAGCUUUACUGCUGUCGCUCCGGGAGCUGACGGAGUGGGUCAUCAGGAAGGAGACCGAGCUCAAUGCGCUGGCACCUCCUCGAGGAGACCUGCCCGCGCUGCUUAAACAGCAGGAUGACCACAGAGCGUUCAGGAGACAGCUGGAAGACAAGCGGCCAGUUGUCGAGAGCAACCUCCUCAGUGGAAGACAAUACAUUGCCAACGAACCCCCCCUCUCGGAUACUAGUGAUACGGAACAAAACCGCGAGAAUGAAGGUGACUCUCGCGGCUACCGGUCGGCGGAGGAGCAGGCGAGGGAACUGGCCCGCUCCAUCAGGAGGGAAGUGGCUAAACUGGCUGACAAGUGGAACACUCUGGUGGACCGGAGCGACGCCUGGGGACGGUGCCUCGACGACGCUGUACAGCGCGUCCGCACGUUCACAACCUCCCUCGACGAGCUCGCCUCCCGCGUGCAAGGCGCGGAAGCGGCGCGCGCGUCGUGGCGCGGGCCCGGCGACGCGCGAGACGCGCGCGCGCAGUUGGACGCGGUCACACGCGCGCGCGCGCAACUCCCGCCGCUGCGGCGCUUGGCUGACGAGCUGCACGCGCAGGCCCAAGCGCUGCAGCGGGACAAGAUACAGCUGCCCGAGCAUCUGCUGGGCAGGCUCGACGACUUGAACACAAGCAUGUUCUUCUUGCUAAAUAAUGCGCGCGCGUGCUAUUCGCUGGCUGACGAGCUGCACGCGCAGGCCCAAGCGCUGCAGCGGGACAAGAUACAGCUGCCCGAGCAUCUGCUGGGGAGGCUCGACGACUUGAACACAAGGCUGGGUGAUGAGCUGCACGCGCAGGCUCAAGCGCUGCAGCGGGACAAGAUACAGCUGCCUGAGCAUCUGCUGGGCAGGCUUGAUGACUUGAACACAAGGUUUGUCACACAACAAGCAUGUUCUUCUUGCUAA